UGCACCUCAUAUCACGAAAUUGAACCUCUCUACAGCUGCUCCCUUCGACCGCCCUUCCCAAAGAAGCUAUACUUCCGCCUCACCGCCGCUGCGAAGCGAGCCCCGCAUACCGAUACAAGCUUCUGAGGCUCCCACGCCGUGCGGCUUGAAAGCGGUGCGUGUAAACAAAACGCGUAACAGACUUUCUACAGCUUUGAAGAAGGGAGGGAAACGGCGAAGAACCACCCACAAUGUCUCUCCAAAGCCCCGUCACCGACCCCACGACGCCGCUCUUCAGCACCUCGCUCAUCUCGCCGGAGGUUGUGGCCCAGCUGCCCGAGGGCUAUACGUGCAGGCCGCUGCAGCGGGGCGACUAUCACAAUGGGUUUCUGGAUGUGCUGCGGGUGCUGACGACGGUGGGGGAUGUCACGGAGCAGCAAUGGAACGACCGCUACGAAUGGAUGUCGCACCGCAACGACGAGUACUUCCUGCUGUGCAUCACAGACAACGCCGCGCGCGUCGUCGGCUGCGGCGCGCUGAUCGUCGAGCGCAAGUUCAUCCACAACCUGGGCCUCGUCGGCCACAUCGAGGACAUCGCCGUCUCCAAGGACCAGCAGGGCAAGAAGCUCGGGCUGCGCAUCAUCCAGGCGCUGGACUUUGUCGCCGAGAAGGUCGGCUGCUAUAAGAGCAUUUUGGAUUGCUCGGAGGCGAAUGAGGGCUUUUAUGUUAAGUGUGGGUUUCGGAGGGCGGGGCUGGAGAUGGCGCAUUAUUAUGGGGGUGGGAAGCCGAAGGGGGGGUUGUAA